CGCAUGCGCAGUGUGUAACGGAACGAGUCAACGGAAGAAGUUGGAAACAAGACUGUUUGUCAGUCCAUAUAUUUUUAAAGAAAGAAGCAAUGGAGUCUGUCCCUCCUCUCUCCUCACUUCGCCUGCUGGUUUCUCCCCUUCGUCUUACAUCUGCCUUCAUGUGGCAAGUUGUCCAGAAUCAGAAUGUGGAGCAGUUUGGAAAACUGGAAGAAUUUGUUUCCGUGAUGACAAACCUCGUGCCAGAACUCUUAAGUAGGAGGCAGAGAGCCACUUUGAUAGUAGGGCUGCGAGCCAAGAUGAUUCUUGAGAUGUGUCGAGGCGAACUCCCCGCGGACCUUCACACUGUCAAAUCACACAUUCACCAAAUUAAGACUACUGAUUUAUUAAAGGUGAGUGACACAGACAUGGAGAGCUUACAAGACAGCGUACUUCAACUCGUACUGAGCUUGCUAGAGGACUCCAUGAAAAGAGAAUAUUUCUUUCAGGAAGUAUUUCCAGUCGAAUAUGGUCCUGACUUUGAUAAAGCACUGCAAGUCCUUGUUGGCUUUUUCCUCUCCAGAUUGGAGCAACUUCUGCCUGUACCAAACUUCAAACAGCUUUCACUGUUGCUCAGCUGUCUCCCUGGGGAACUAGAUGCAUGUGUGGACUCUGUUUGUAAAUCAGACAAUUUGCUAUCCUUGCUACAAACAGAUGUUUGUGGGACUUUGGAAAAAAAUGUUCUUCCAUCAAUAGUUGAGGAUCGAAUGGUUUCAUCAUUGUCACUGCCGCCUGUUGGCGACUCAGUCAUUAUAAACCAGCACAAUGAGGAUGGAAAGUUAAUGCCACUUGAUUCUAAAAACCUGCCAAACCAACAACAUGGUGUGAACAAGGAGACUGUGACAAGUGAUCCAAAUGUCCAGGAUGUGGGAUCCAACUCCAGCUGUGAAUCAUCAGAGUUCUCCAGAGACAGUGAUGGAGAAAAGUUAACAAACUCAAAUGCUGAUGAAUUGCAACGGAGUAACUCAGAAGAGCCAAGCGUACCGUCAUCCACCAAUGAUGCUCAUAGAGGCGAUUUAAUUUUUCAGACCGCUGUGCCACAGCGGCCUGCUGUCGACAACUUCCCAAACACACCUUCUAAAGGCUUCCACUAUGCAGGCAGGACCGUACACAAAUGUCAGCAGUGCACGAAAUACUUCAUCUAUCGCUCUGAUCUUGUCAAGCACCAGGAAAUUCACACCCAGGCGGGGACACAUGAGUGUCUUCAGUGUGGGCAAGUUUUUGACGAUUUGACGCAGCUGGCGGCGCACAAGGGCACCAGCUGCAAUACCAGAGUUUUUAAGUGCAUCAAAUGCACCGCCCACUUUAGAUCCCUCAGGACCCUAUACAGACAUAACAGGGUGCACAAAGAGAAAACCACACACAAAUGCCCUGAAUGUGGACGGCUGUUCACAAGUCUGUCACGAUUAGUCAGUCACCGGCGAGCUCACCGAACUCCCAGUGUUAAAAGGAACUAUACCUGUAAACAAUGCAACGAGACUUUCGGGUCGUACCGAGCCAGUUUAAUCCACCAGAAGACUCAUAAAGUUAAAGACGUCCACCAAUCUAAACCGGAACGGCAGCCAGGAAAGUGUCGUUUUUGUGAUUUGACAUUUAGCGUCGACAGCGAAUUAAGAAGCCACCUGAAGACGCACGCAGAGUUCAGGCCAUAUAUAUGCGACCAGUGUGGGAAGUGCUUUUCGGCAAACAGCAGCCUGCUCGCCCACCUCUCAAACCACACGGGCGAGAAACCUCUCCUUUGUUCGCAAUGCGGAAAGCGGUUUUACAGCAAAAUCCAAUUAAAAUCCCACAUGAGAUGUCAUUCUGGUGAGCGGCCGCAUGUUUGUCCGUACUGCGAGAAGCAGUUUUCACUAUCUGGGAAUUUGAAAAUCCACAUCAGAAUUCACACUGGGGAGAAGCCAUACGUUUGUCAUCAGUGCGGAAAGGGUUUUGUCUCUGCCGGAUGCCUGCAGGUGCAUCUGCGUUCUCAUACGGGAGAGAAGCCGUAUCAGUGUAAAAUCUGUGGCAAGAAAUUUGUGGUUUCGAGUCACCUGACAGCUCACAUGUGCUUUCACACCGGAGAGCGUCCACACUGCUGCUUACAGUGUGGGAAACGAUUCAUCCGGCGCUAUGACUUGAGCAAGCACAUGUACACUCAUAUUGGGAAGAGGCCGUUCCCAUGUCCUCUGUGCCCAAAGGCUUACACGUGCCGUACACACUUGAACAGGCACAUGAAGAGCCACAGUGUUUGACUUAAAUCAUUUUGUCAUCCUGAGUGCCUUGUGUGGGGUGAAAACAACUAUGAUCUUUAAAGUAAUGGUUCAAUCAAAAAUUUAAAUCCUGUCAUUAUUUACUCACCCUCAUGACUAAUGUCCAUGUCCAAACCUGUUUACACUAUACAUUUAAAAAAAAAAGAAUCAUUCCACAGCUCUUUUCCAAUUGACAGAUCAUAAUUGACCACAUCUUUCAAGCUCUAAAAAUGACAAAACGUCUGGAGAGUAUCAUUAUAAUCCAUACAGUUUAUGCAUUAUAUUCCAAGUCUUAAAACAGAUGAUUACUUUCUGUGAGUAACAAAUUGAAAUUCAGGUUGUUUAUUCAAUGAUAAUAUUCCCCUUCUGAACUGUUCAGUCAUUGACUUGAGAACUAGAUCAGUCUGAUUUGUAAACCAAAUCAUAUGGUUUAUUAAAAAUAAUUGUCUUUAAAAAAAAAGAAAAGAAAACCGCUUACUGAAGGUGAUGUCACCCUUAUGUUGUUCCAAACCUGUUUCUUUCAUUGGGGCCCAUCAACUGUUUGGUUACUGACAUUCUUCAAAAUAUCUUCUUUUGUGUUCAGCAGAAAAAGAAAAUCAUACAGUUUUGGAACAACAUGAGGGUGUGUAAAUGAUGAAAUUUCCAUUUUGGGUGCACUGUCCCUUUAAGUUCCAGUCUGUUUUCCACACAAAACUAAGACUUAAGAAGACUAGCAGACAUAAGAGUGAGUAAAUAAGUUGGGGUGAACUGUCCCUUUAAUUAAAACUUUACAACUCUGUUUCCUUCUAAUCUGAGGCUCUGCAGUUGUUUAAGUCAUUUGAAGAACAGCUUCAACAUUUUCUUGCAUUACUAAUGUGUAAAACAGUUUCGUGCCAUGGAUAUUUUCUGUAGAAAUAUAGGUUUGGAGCCCACUGUUAGUUUUCUUUUAGAUUUAGUUUUUUCUAAGAUCAUUUAAGCUAGCAUCAUCCUCAGUAUGCAACUAUUAAUGUAAUGUGCUGAAUAUUAUAGCCUCAUACUAAACUAAAUAAAUAUGUCGACAACUUAAAGUGGGAAUUAAAAAUCUCAUAA